UCUAUGCUCUCUAUACAUAGCUUUCGGUGGUGGUGCUUUUCGGUAUUCUCCUUCAAUCUACAUUCCCCCCUUUCUCUUCUCCUCCCUUCCCUUCUCCUUCACAUUUCUCUUUAAUACCAACUGCAAUUUGGCUUCUUCCUCUCUUUUCCGUUCCGUUUCACUGGGAAUGCGUUCCGGUAGGAAAUUUAUGGGCUGAGUUAGGCAUUUCAUGGGAGUGAUAGAAGAUACCGAACCACCCUUGAAACGUGUGAAAGGGCCCUUGGACGAAUCAAAGAGCUCGCCAGAGGAUCAUUUGACUGCAGAACCUGUUUCUUGCUCUUUGGGAGCCCAGAUGGCUAGGCCUCUAACCUCCCAAGGGGAUGGGGAAACAAUAGGUUCAAAAGGUGUUAUCAAAAAGGCUGAAUUUAUUAAACUUAUAACUAGGGCAUUGUACUCGCUUGGUUAUGACAAAAGUGGUGCCCUUCUAGAGGAGGAGUCUGGAAUACCGUUGCAUUCUCCAGUGGUUAAUUUGUUUAUGCAGCAAGUGACAGAUGGGAAGUGGGAUGAUAGUGUUGCCACAUUGCAUAUGAUUGGUGUCUCAGAUGAAACAAUUGUGAAAUCAGCAUCUUUCUUGAUAUUGGAACAGAAGUUCCUUGAACUUCUGAAAAUGGAAAACGUCACUGCUGCAUUGGAUACGCUAAGGAAAGAGAUUGUGCCUCUUCGUAUCAAUAUGAACCGGGUUCAUGAGCUUGCUGCCUGUAUCAUCUCUCCUUUGCAAUGUGUAAGACUUGGGAUUUCUGGUCAAGAUAGUGAGGGGACGAAGUCAAGGGCAAAGAUUCUGGAAAAACUACAAAAGUUGCUUCCUGCCGCAGUUAUGAUUCCUGAAAAAAGGUUAGAACAUCUUGUUGAAAGGGCACUUGAUGUUCAACGAGGGGCUUGUGCGUUCCAUAAUGCCUCAGAUAGUGAUCUUUCUUUGUACUCAGAUCAUUAUUGUGGGAAAAGUCAGAUUCCUUCCCAGACAUUGCAGAUACUACAAGCGCACAAUGAUGAAGUUUGGUUUUUGCAAUUCUCACACAAUGGCAAAUAUUUGGCCUCAUCAUCCAAGGAUCAGUUGGCAAUUAUAUGGGAGUUUAACGAAAAUGGUCAAGGAUCUCUGAAGCAUACUCUAUGCGGCCAUCAGAAACCAGUAUUAACCGUUUCAUGGAGCCCGGAUGAUAGCCAAAUCCUUACUUGUGGACAAGAGGAGGGUAUCAGGCGUUGGGAUGUCAGUUCUGGGGAAUGCCUCCAUGUUUAUGAAAAAUCUGGUGUAGGUUUGAUUUCUUGUGGAUGGUUUCCUGAUGGUAGAGGGAUAUUUGCGGGGAUGACCGACAGGAGCAUCUGCCUCUGGGAUAUGGAUGGAAGAGAGCUGGAAUGCUGGAAAGGACAGAGGACACUUAAAAUUUCGGAUAUGGCCGUAACUGAUGAUGGUAAGAGGAUCAUAAGCAUAUGCAGAGAAUCUGCUAUACUAUUGCUCGACAGGGAAGCAAAAUUUGAGAGACUGAUUGAAGAGGUGGACAUGAUUACUUCAUUCUCAUUAUCAAAAGACAAUAAGUUCUUACUGGUCAAUCUUAUAAACCAAGAAAUCCAUCUCUGGAGCAUAGAAGGUGAUCCUAAACUUGUGUCGAAGUACAAAGGUCACAAACGUACCCGAUUUGUAAUUAGAUCUUGUUUUGGCGGUUUGGGGCAAGCUUUUAUUGCAAGUGGUAGUGAGGAUUCACAGGUGUACAUAUGGCACAGAUGCUCGAGGGAGCUCCUAUUGGCACUGCCUGGACAUUCUGGAGCUGUUAAUUGUGUGAGCUGGAAUCCGGCUAACCUUCACAUGCUUGCUUCUGCUAGUGAUGACCGAACUAUUCGAAUUUGGGGGUUAGAUCACUUUAACUUGAAACACAGAGAUCAGAACAAUGGUGCCAUCCACCACUGUAAUGGAAGGAGCUGAAACAAUUUGUACGCUGUCAAAUAAUUCCUCAAGUUGUAGCACCUUCAUUGACAUUUGUGUAAAUUCUACAGUCAUUUGCUUCUGUCCUUUAGCAUCCAAAAGCAGGCAAAGAGCCAAAGCUAUCUGCUAUGACACAUUUAGCUUGAUAACCAUUACUUCUCCUUCACGGCCUUUGAUCCUGAUGUAGGUUAUGGCAUUGUUAGAUUAAUUUUCAACUUUAUUUCCUUUUUUUUUAGGUUCCGAAAACGCUGGCGUAAAGCAUAAAAUCUAAAGUAGGAUAGAUUCUUGGC